AUGGCUGGGAGGGCGCAUUUGGGUGAGGGAAAGGUGCUAGAGGGCUGGAACGGCACAUUUGGGCACAUUCAGGGUGAAGUGGGUGAGAGGAAGGUGCUGGUAGGUGCUGGAAGGCUGGAGCAGCGUGUUUGGACACAUUUUGGGUGCUGGGUGCAUUUGAGUGAGGGAAAGGUGCUGGAGGGCUGGAAUGGUGCAUUUAGGGAGCUGGGUGGUGCCAGAGGGUGCGGUUCAUUGGAUAGCGAAGAUAGGAUAAUGUUAGUAUCCAGUACAAGAAUGGUGCCAUAUCGAGGCACAAUGUUCAGAGAUGGCAUCAACACAUUUUCUGGGAACGGGCUGGGUGCGAUUGCUAUGUGGAUACCUGAACCGGCUGUCACUAGCACUGGUCCCCUUCAAAAAUUCCUCAUGGCCCAUCGAUACUUGGACAGCGGCACCAUAAGCACUGGUUUUGGAACCAGAGCAAGACUGUGGCUUGACUUUGUGGAGCCAAUGUUUAUGGCACAGUUCGGUCCAGUCAGGUUCAGUGACAAACCGGGUUCUAAAAUUGGGUUAAACCUGCCAAAAACCAUAACCAUGGCAACACUAGUGCAUCCCCUCCAUAUGAGUCCACGCAUGUCCCGCCUGGUGAAGAAGCCAACCCUCCCCCUCCUUUUGAUCACGACACACAAUGUCCUAGCUCCCCCCCUCAUGAAUCCUCCUACAGGGACUAUCCCCCUCAUCAACCAGUCUCUCCCCCUGAUAAUUGCGACUAUGCCCCAUCUCAGCAGGAGCGUGUCAUGUCCCCUCAUCGAAGUUGAUCCCAUUCCCCACCUUGGUGUGGCCAUUCUCCCUCACCAAGACCAUGAGGAGGAUAUCAGAGGUCACAUUACCAGAAUCCUUGAGGAAGUUGCGACUUGCACACUGCUCACAGCUACUCAUCACAUCACAACUGUUGAGUAA